CGGGUGUUUGCUUUUGUUGUAGUAGCAGGCAGCCAAGUAUUAGUUGACAGGCUAGCAUGCAUCACUUUAUUUCAAUCACAUCUCUCUGACAAAUAGGCAGCACUGAAGACAUUGGGAGAAAAUUGCAUAGCCACUUUAGGUAAGCUUUAAAAAAAAUCCAUAACAGUGUAUGUGCAUUAAUUUAUCAAUGUUGUUAAUUUGUUCCAUGAUAACGCGUCUGCUAAAUGACUAAAAUGUAAAUGUAACUAACAAAAUGAUGACUUGCUGACAAAUGCUUAAUUAAUGCUUUCAAGCUACCAUGGCAACAUUUAUUCAAUCUAGUUAGGCCUAUUGGUAACACAAGCAUAAUAUUAAUUAAAUGAUAAUCUUCUAAAAUGUAUGAGGUCAUGUUCAUUUUAAGGGGACAGUUCAACCCAAGUUGGAGCAUUUAUCAAUGAAUCUAGGCUACUAUAGCAUAAUAUGCCAUGUCAUAAUACGUUAUAACUUUAUCUUUUAGACAAAUCAUUUUUUGUUUGAGGUGUAAUCUACUUUUAAAUGAAGCCUAGUAAUUACAGUGACAGGUGAAGAUGCAUAGACAAAACAAUAAGGUAUGACAACAAUGUUGCAUAAUCUUUGGGUGAUCACAGCAACUUCAUGACAACAACAAACAUCCUGUAGGCCUAUAUUCCAUACUUCCCUAUCAUCUUUGCCUGGCUGCUGGCUCAGUUCUCUCACACUCUCUGGAGUGCUGCUUGUUUAAGCAUUCUCAGAAACGAUUCUGGCAUGGACAGUGAACACUAAUUUCACAACACUUGUAAAUAUAAUAUUUGUUCCUGUCCAUCAACUGCACUCGAAGAGGUUUUGCCAUUCAUCAGAAUGUUACCAAGAAUAGCUUUAAGCCCUUGACCUCAAUCCAUGACAUUGCAGAAUAUUAUGCGACUGCCUGUAGGCUUCCAAUUGGAGAUAAAACACACCAGCUGAUAUACAUCUACCACCUCUACUUUUUAUUGUAUAUAAGAUCAGCUUUAAAACCAUAAGCUGGAAUGAAGGCUUUUAACCGGUGCAAUAAAAGGGUCAAUAUGUAGGUAGGUAGGCUAAAGCCUAUGGUAUGCCUACAUCCAAAGAUUUCCAAUCUGAAUAGUAGCUUUCAAGUAAUAUUGUAAUUUAGGCUUACUACAAGCAUGUUACUUUUAAAGAAUACAGAACUAUGGAAUAGUGUAAACCAAAUACCCUUUAAAGCAGAUCCUACAGUAGAAGUAAAAUGGCAACAUUGCUGUGUUUUUCCUUCAUCCAUAGCUUGUUUUAUGGCCAUAAUCUCAAACAUACUCGUGAUGUUGUUUGUUUACGAACAUUGGGACAUAUGAGUGUCUGUUACAGUGAACACAUCACAUUCCUAAACUUGUACCGCUAUCAUUUUUCAUCAGCUGUUCUCCACUGGACUGGAACACAUUUCACAUUUCCACGUCAUGUUUUAGUCCCUACAGAGCUCCUAAUUGCCAUGGAAAAGCAGUCCAAGGUGGAAUUUCGGAAUGUGGGACAGAUGUAUUUCCCCCAAAGUAGAGUGGAGUGCCACUACAGCCUUACCUCUCAUCAUCACUGGACCAACAAGGAUUGGAUAGGCCUAUUCAAGGUGUAGUAACAUUCACAACUUACCUUUUUUCCUGCAAAUAGUACAUUUCACUCCUCUUAUAGGGACCACAAGAUUUUCCCAUUUUACAUUUGUAUAAAAAGAGCCAGAGUGAUCACUAUAAACAGUAUUUUAACAGCAUUAGUAGGCUAUUGGAAAGAUUACGUCCACAAUUUUUUUAAAUCGCUAAGCGUUUGCGCAUUGUACUGUUUUGAUGUUUAAAACAAUAGAACACUUCCAAAAAAUCACAAGGGUAACCUAUUAUUGAUAUGAACAAUAUGGAGAACUGCUAAUGUCUCACUCAGGCUGGCUGGUCAUCAGUGAAAGAGUACACAACCUUUGCGUGGGCACUCACUCCUGAGGGGUACACUGAAGGAACUAAUGCCAACUGCUGUGUACAUUUCCAAGGUAAGAAUGCAUCCAUCAUGUUAGAUUAGCACAGGAAUGAGAAGUACAUUUUAAGGCUGGGUCUAGCAGAGCAGGUCAUGGAGCAGAGCAGGCCAUGCUGCUGGUUUUAUUGUCACUGGGAUUCAUAGAGUAACCAACUGGAUUGCAUUCCUCUCAUUAGAGUUUACCAGCAAAUUAGCAUAACAUUUAUUGUCAAGCAGUCAAACCCCUUGAUGUAGCAUACAUUUGAUUUAAAAUUGGUUAUAUUAUACUCAACACACGUUUGAUAAGUUUUUGGGGAAGAAAAUAUGAUAAACCGAACAGAAGAAGUGAGAAUCUAUGCCCCCACUCCAUAUCUCCUCCCUCCCCACAGCCUCUUACCUGCCCCGCCCCAGUGCGGUGGAGUACCAGUUUGUCUAUGUGGAUCAGAGAGGCGAGGUGUGUGCCCGCAGUCGCCAGUUCACCUUCUGCAUUUCCAGGCCUCUGGAUGAGCUGGAGACAUUGACAGAGGAGCGGGACGAGGAUGAGGAGGGCGGAGAGGGGGAUGGGGACGACCUGCUCCUGGUGGUGCCCAGAGCUCAGCUCCUGCAGGUGGGGGAUGGAUGGAUGGACAACAGCUCAGUUUCACUUAACUUCUUUAUAAAUGUGUCAUACUCAUAUUGUCAUGUGUCCAACAUGAGUACAGUUUGUGGGUACAAUUAAUGCACACAUGAGGGCAGUCUAUGUUAAUAGUUCGGUUCCUUGAGGUUACUCCAUACAAGUUGACGGUUUAACAAUCCCUGUUUUGAUCAUUUCCCCUUGAAAAUGAAUUGUUGCGUGUGGGAGCGUGACGCAGUAGUGCUGCAAUCUCUCAAGCACAAAGCCGAUGUCGGCAUGGGGUAGAAUCCCACCUCAACCACCACGUUCCACCUGUUCUCACCUCUAAAUUCUGUGUCCCACUCCUACAUUUCAACCUGUCUGAAAAUAAUCCAAUAUGUGAGGAGAUUGGAGCUCCUGGUCCCUUUUUAAAAAAAUAGAAAAAAAGAAAAUUGUUGCACUGCUCUCAAGCAUUCUUUCAUGGACCUCUUGGUCUUCUCCCUUUCUCUAUCUCUCUCUCUCUCCCUCACUCUCUCUUUCUCUGUUAUGAUCAGACUCGGCUGGAGGAAUGCCUUAGAGAACAGGCCAAUUCAAAACAGGCCCGGGAGGAGGCAGAGAGGGAGAAGGAGAGAGAGGAAGAAAGGAGCAAAAGGUUGAAGGAAGAGUGGGAGCGAGAGAGGAGGGGAAUGAAGGAGGAGAUCUCUGAGUUGAGGGACAACCUGAGACGGAGCUGCGACAGGAUGGAGAAGGUGGAGGGGAAACAAAAGGUAUAACAGUAUAUGUACACUGGGUAAAUGGAUAAUAGAUCAGCAGGCAGUAACUGGUACAGUAGAGACAGAGCUUAGAGUAAAAUAUUGCCUUAUACUCCAGAAGGCGCGCAUAUUCUACAUGUUGUAAAUAAAUGGAUCUGGAUUGUCUACAACUGCUUAAAAGCUUAAAUAUAGCUUGUUUAUAUAGCCAUAAACCCUUUCAUCGCUAUUCUUCUCUCCCUCCAACACUGGAAGGAUAUGCAGUCCUCUCAAGAAACCUUAUCUACUCUAUUGGACGAGAAAGCUGAGCGCCAGCAGCGAAUCAGAGAGAUGGAAGAUGACAUCAUGGCUCUAACUCAGAGAGGGAAGGAGACAGAAGCUGAACUUGAAAGGUAACUAAGUGUUUGUGAAAGAGAAGACUUUGACUCUGUCUUUUUUAUUUUCUCUCCCUUUGCGAGUCAACCACUUUGUUUUGUUUUGACCCACAGGAUGAAGGAGAGAGUGAAAAAGAUGUCCACUCAAUUGAGGGAUGAAGAAGAGGAGAGAAAGAAUCUGCAGGUAAACAAUAGUGUGUAGUUUCCCUCUUGUGCAGUAAUACAGCUAGUUGAAAUCCCUACAUAGCCUACUCAGCCCUGACGUUGGUACUCGUGGAAGUGUGCCAGGACAGCAGAUCUCUGGAGCCAGGCCAGAUCUAAAGACAGGUGUCAGCUCCUAGUACCCAGUGACCUCAACAUUGGGUGUCAGCUCCUAGUACCCAGUGACCUCAACUUUGGUUGUCACCUCCUAGUACCCAGUUACCUCAACAUUGGCAAGAAGAUUAUUAGCCAUUUAACUUAACACAAGCUUAUAGAAAACAAUAUAUAUAAAAACAAAUACUAACUGCUCUCCCUUAUCCCCCAGGUGGAGAACGGGGCUGUGCUGGCUGAGCUGAGGGCGAUGCAAAAGCGUCUGGAGGCCAGCGAACGCGGGGCAGAGGGUCUGAGGCAGGAGUUGAGUGAGAUGGGGGCUCAGCAGGGCCACAGCCACGCUGAGCUGCACCAAGCCAGGCUGCAGGCCGCCCAGCUCACCCUGCAGCAGUCUGAGGCUGACCUGGCCCUGAGGGAGGGACGCGCCCACUGGGCCCAGGAGAGAGAGGCCUUCAAACAGGCAGCAGAGGUUAAUGCAGUGGUUACUGGAUAGGGUAGCGCUAUAAUUCACAGCACAACCUCCAAUACAAACAUAUACAGCACAAAGCAGAGGUGGGGGUAACCCCGUAAUACAGAAUUGGUGCAGCAGAACAGAGGGAUAAUGCAAGGGCAAAAGCUGAGUAAUUUGCUGAAUCCUAUUAGCCCAGUCCAGACUGACUGGCACCUGUUUUUUGACUCAAUGUUAAUGCAGGGGACUAAGAUUAAUUCAAAACAGACCCUUUCUGGGUCCUACUUCUGGAGCCAGCAAAGUUUCCUACUCCAUUGUGGAUGAUGGCGUAAUAAGGCUCCAACUCAUCUCUGCUUCACAGAUCCUGAGUAUAUGAGGCAAUAGAGCUUGGUCUAUGUGGAUCAGACAACCACCUAUUUCAGUUAGCAUACAGCCAAUAUUUUUUGUAUUUAUGAAUCACGUGUAUGUGUGUCCUAUUUUUGAUCUAUCAAUCCUUCUUUCCUUGCUGUAGCUUGAUAAAGAGAGGGUGCAGAAGUUAAGCCGUGAGGUGCAGCGGAAGGAGGAGUGGCUUCAAGAGGAGAGGAUGGAGAGACAGAAACUAGAAGUGGAGCUUGGAAAAGAGAAGGAUUGCAACAGGGUAAAUAUAGUCAAGUGUACUGCAAUAGGUAGGCUAUAUUUCAGCAUACACAAACACAUAGACCAUAUACAACUAUUGGUACACAAAAACAUACUCUUCUAAAUAUAACUGCCAUUACCCUCGUGUCACUAAUCUGUGCCCUCAUCGGACAUUCAGACCAGAUCGGAUUUCGGAAACUUUUUGCCGAACCCCAAUCUAAAAAACAUCCUCGGCUACUUUCACAGUACACACAAACACAAACACAAACAGACACAAAUAGAUAUGCUAUCAGCCUGACAUCAACACCCAUCCAUCACAUACUGCUCCCCACAGUGAGUCACACAAGGCUGUAAAUUACAGUUAGCCCACCGGCCGUCUCUUAACACACCAGUGCCCCCUGCAGGUGCUGCUGAGCGAUGCCCGCAGGGAGGUGCAGGAAGUGAAGGCCAGCAUGAGAAUGAACCAGAAGGAGAGAGAGCAGCAGAAGAUGGAGAGACAGGCAAGGAUCAGGCUAUUUGCUGUUUAUAUCGUGUGUCUCUCCUUUAUGUCUAUAUAUUUAACUGCUGUUAUGUGUGAUCAAAAUAAGGUUUAAAAAUACUUUUUAGUGAUGGGUUUGGUUUGAGUUAACCAUGUUGUGGAAAUUUCCAUAUCUGUGCUUGUCUUGCCCUGUAAUGGUUGCUGUGUACACAUUCAAAUACACACAGGACCUGCUGGACUACGUCCAUCAGUUGGAGCAGAGGCUGGAGGUGGCUACAGGCAAUAAGUGGAAUGAAGUGGCUCUCUACUACUCAACCAGUGAGUGAUACUAAUACCACAGAGACUAAUGGACAGACCCAAAGCCAGGCACUCACAGUAUGCAUUCUAGUCAUAUACAGUAUAGUACAGACGUCGUCCCAUUCUUGGAUGCUCAUGACAUCAUACUUAAGAGUCACCAUGUCUUCCUUUGCAGCUCGUGGCGAUGACACCCCAUCUGAGGAUGAGAAGCCCUCCUCUGAGGAUGAGAAGCCUGCAUCUCCACUACCCUACCGGACACCCAGACUACCCUACUGGAGCGACGCCCUGGAACGCUCUUCUCACCGUAGUGUGAAGUGUCUCCAGACAGAGACGGUAGGCCACCAUAUCAUAGCCAACGUCAAACUACAUACCACCAAAACACAGAGAACACGUAAUGGAAACAGCUAAGUAUAAGACUAUGGCACAUCCGAACACAGACCAAACGAUUUAAUAUAAACAAAACAUACUAAAUGACAUCAAAUCAGUAAAAAUCACCAUAUAAAUAUCUAUGAACUCCUCACUGGAGUUGUUUUAUGUGUGUGUGUGUGUGUGUGUGUGUGUGUGUGUGUGUGUGUGUGUGUGUGUGUGUGUGUGUGUGUGUUCUAUCAAUCUGGACUAAGGAUGAGGAAGAGCAGAACAAGACCAGUAAGGGUGAAGACAAACCACUGAUUCUGCCAGACCUCACCAACCCCAUCCAAAGGUGACCCUUCUGGCCUUCUGCCCAAACACUCCACCAUCUCCAACCUAACCAAUUUCUAUGCUGACUAUACAUACACAGUGCUGACUGCUGUUAAAACUACCCUGUUCUUUUCCUUUUCUUGUGUUAGAAUAUUUAAAGCACUGCAGCAGUGCCACUGAAUUAAAGAACAGCGGGAAUAAGAGCAUCUAUAAAAUUAUAAUGAUUUUCCUCCCCAAAACUAAUUUGAGUGUUAUAGAGGUAAUGCAUCAGCUGGAGUAGGCCAGUGGGAGUAGAGCCACACAGGAAGGGAUGGGGGUAGGGGGAAAUAAAGACCAGCUCUGCCUGGAAGCAGUGUGGGGAUGAUCUAUCACUAGUCACACUGUGUUCAGUAUUCACCACAUCAUCACUCAUUUUCUCUCUCUUUCUCUCUCUCCAACCAUUAUAACUACUAUGCCCUUUCCCUCUCUCUUUCAUGCAAGCAUCCAUCCACAGAGCCUCACCUAACUAUUUAUGUCUCUCUCCUCUUCAUCUUCCUCUUUCAUAGUGAGCUUGCUGACUGCUCCCCCUUGUGGUAACAGCAAUGAGGACAGCGGACAAGUUGUUUGAUAGUUUACAAUGUAGGCCCUACAUUAUGGUUGGCUACAGUUAGCCAUACAGACAAACUGUGCUGUAGAGAUACAAUAUGUAUAAGAUUAUGAAUCUGUCUUGGACUGAAUUGGUUGUGUGUAUCAAACAAAAAAAAAGUACAUUUUCUCUUAGUUUUUUACAUUAUAUUAGUGGUUUGGUUAACAUUCAAUGUUGGAACUUAAAAGUGUAGAUGUUUUGCGUGAAAGGUGACUAUUGUGCCAUGUUCAUAUGAGCACAAUGUCAACGGAUGUUUGCAUAGAAAUGGAACAGUGGUUUACUAGGUCAUGCAACUUAGCAGAUGCUUGCUGUAGACCUACAUUUGAAAAUAGAGGUUUGAACAUUAUACAAUUUUUAUCUAGGUAUGCAUUUUAUCUAGGUGCUUUAACUAGCCGGAUUUGGGAGUAGACUUUAAAAAUGUGUGUAGAUUUGUAAAAGUGUUCACAAGAGUUAUAAAAUGAACACGUUGUCUAUUGGUUAUGUGGUUUUCUUUUAUUUAAUGAUUUAUCCAUUUGACUGUGAAGUUUACUUUCUGAGUGCUUCACACUGUGUGGAGGAGUUUCUGUAAUAAAACGCUGUCUGUUUAUUGA